AUGAAGAAAGUAAAAGAAAAAGGUUGAAACUUUCCAAUAAUGUUAAUGAUGAAUUGCAAUCUUAUUGUGAUUUUGAAGUUCAAGUAUCUUUACCAGAUCCAGAAUAUGAAAAUAAAAUUAAUGAAUUAACGCGUUUUAAUAAGCAAUUAUUAUCUGAAAUUAAUGAAUUAAAGCAUCUUAAUAGGCAAUUACUAUCUGAAAAUGAAAUACUAAAAAUAAAUCAAGGAUACAAAACUGAAAACCAAUUAGGAUAUUUUAAAAAGUGUGCUGAUCAUCACAAAGCAUGGGAUUCAGUUUGUAAUAUUUAUCAGCACGCGAUGGCCAUAGAAUUA